CGGGGGGUGGCGGGGCCGGGAGGGCGGCGGCGGCGGCCCCGCACCCAGAGCCCGCACCCACCGCCCGCCUCCCGCGGGCGGCGGCAACAAAGGCCCUUCCCCGCCCCCGCCGCCGCCUCCCGCCGCUCCCGCCGCCGCCGGCAGCGUCCUUGCGGCAGGAAGAUGCCCGGGGAGGCGCCCCGGGGGCUGCGGAGCCUCCCGCUGCUGCUGCUGCUGCUGCUGCUGAGCGCCCGCGCCGCGCUGGCUCAGCGCUGGCGCAAUGAGAACUACGAGAGGCCCGUGGACCUGGAGGGCUCCGGGGACGACGAUCCCUUUGGAGAAGAUGAGCUGGACGACAUCUACUCUGGCUCUGGCUCGGGGUAUUUCGAGCCGGAGCUGGGGCUGGACACGGCCGUGAGCCUGACCACGGACACACUGGUGACGCUGCCCACCACGGCGGCCGUGCUGCCUGUCACCGCCGCCCAGCCCGUGGCAACGCCCCUGGAGCCGUCCCCCACUCCCCAGGACACCACCCCCGGGCAGGCAACCAGCGCCUUCCUCAUCCCCAGGACCACGGAAGCACCGGCCGUGCCCAGCUGGAAAGCCACCACCACCAGCACCACGGCCAGCGAGCCCCCAACCACCACGGCCACCACCACCACGGCCACCACCACCAGGGCCACCACCACCAGGGCCACCACCACCACCACCACCACCACCACCACCACGGAGGCCACCACGACCACAAGCAGCACCACCGUGGCCACAGCCAAGCCCACCACCACCCGGAGGUUCCUGCCCCCCUUGGCCACCAAGGCGGCCACCACGCGGGCCACCACGCUGGAGACCCCCACCACGCCCGUCCCUGACACCAGCACCCCCACAGAGGUGGCCACGUCACGCCUUGUCCCCAGCAGCACGGCCAAGCCCAGGGCCCUGCCAAAGCCCAGCACCUCCAGGACUGCAGAGCUCCCCGAGAAAAGCACAGCCUUGCCGCCCGUGGCCACCACGCUGCUGCCCACCGAGGCCCCCCAGAUGGAGCCAGGGGAGGUGACAGCAGUCCCUGAGAAUGAGCUGGAGGUGCCGGCCAGCAGCGGCCCCAGUGGGGACUUUGAGAUCCGGGAGGAGGAGGAGACGACUCGUCCCGACCUCAGGAACGAGGUGAUGGCCGUGGUGACGCCGCCGGCGGGGCCGGGGCCCGGCAGGAAUGUGGAGACGGGGCUGAUGGACAACACGAUAGACUCGGGCAACUCGGCUGCUCAGCUGCCCCAGAAGAACAUUCUGGAGAGGAAGGAGGUGUUGAUAGCGGUGAUCGUGGGGGGCGUGGUGGGCGCCCUUUUCGCCGCCUUCCUGGUGAUGCUGCUCAUCUACCGCAUGAAGAAGAAGGACGAGGGCAGCUACACCCUGGAGGAGCCCAAGCAGGCCAACGUCACCUACCAGAAGCCCGACAAGCAGGAGGAGUUCUAUGCGUAGACGGAGAGCCCAGAGUGCCUCACGCUUCCUCCCUCCCCCCUUCCCCGCUCCAAACCCUCCCCCUCCUCCCCUCCAUCCAGUCUCUCUCUUUUUCCCCCCUCUCACUUUUUUUGGGAUCAGACUGUGAAUUCACAAAGCAAAACCCGCAGCGGCUGAAGGAGGAAACGCGUCCUUGGCCCGGGGAGCAGCGCCGAGGUCGCAGCGAGCACCGCUGGCCUUUCUGCUGGCGGGAGGGACGGGACACGGAGCCCGUGCCAAGGAGCCCAUGCCAGGGCAGCCAGGAAUUCUCCAGGAAUUCUCCAGGAAUUCUCCAGGAAUGCCCUGGAGAGCACAGGAUGGGCUGUCCACAGCGCCUGGAGCUCAACAGGACUUUUCCCACCACCACCACCACCACAAACUCUGGGAUCCGGACACCUCCUGCCAGCCCUGGGGCACAAGGAGCUUCCUUUGGAUUUAUUCCCUUUUUUUUUUCCCGUCCAUAAAGGAGGGAGAUUUCCUUCCCUCUGUCUUGUCUUUAUUUUUUGGUUUUCUUUUGGAAUGGGGUUGGUUGCUCUGCAGGAAUCCCCUUCUGCUGGAAGAGAGAACACGACUCUCCAACGCUCCUGGAACCUCGGGAAAAGCACACGGGGCUGGAAUACUUGGGCACCCUGGGAUUCGCUCCUGGAGCGGGAAAAAAAGGAAAUAAACACAAACACUGGGAAUGAUCCCUUUGGAUCAACGCUCUGGAGAGCUCGUGGAGCUGCAUUGGGGCAUCCCAGGCUGCCUCCUGGCCCUGGAAUCUCCUGGAUCCACAUCUGGCUGAGGGAUUUGGCUGGAAGGGGACUUGGUUUGGGCUGGGUUUUCACUGUGGCCACUAAAGCCCGGCUUGGCGGGACAUUCCCUGGGGAGGAGAUGGGAAUGGAGAAGCUGAAUCCUCUCCCUGGCUCUUCCAGCGGGGAUUCCAGAGCUCUGCAAGGCGUGGGAUGCAGCCUAAGGAAAGAAAUCCAAGCAGGGACAAUCCCCGUCCCCUCGGGAUCCUGCCAGCUCCAGAGGUGAGGAAGAGGAGGCAGAACCAUGGCUCCAGCCCAGAGUUAAUUGGAAACAUCCCAAAAUCAAUGGGAAGACCCAGGACUGACGGUUUUCCUUUGCUGUUUGAAUCCCCAGCACUGAUGGUUUUCCCUCUCUGGUGUUUAAAUCCCAGCACAACCCACAGGGAUGGAGAGAUCCUGACCCUGGCACUCCCCAGGUGCCCAGGACGCAGAUCCAGACCCUCCAGUGCCUUUGGGAAAGGCUGGAUUUUUCCAGAGCAAUCUCUGCACACAGAUUCAAUUAAGAUAUUUUAAUUAAGAUGUUUCAAUGGGGUGGCUCUUAAUUAGCUGGAGCCCUGUUUGCUUGUGGAGCUUUGUUGUCAUGAUGGUCGUGAUCUUGGUGGGGUCCCACGGAGACUUUGGAUUUGCUCUUGGAGAAAUUUAAAUGGGAAAAUUUGGGGGGAAAAAAAAUGGUUGCUUUGUGAAUUGAGCUGCACAGAGCCAGGGACACUUGGGCUCCUGAGGGGUUUGGUGGAUUUAGGGUUUUAUGGUGGGGGUUACAGGACAGAAGAGCUUCGUUCUGGAAGGGAUUUGAGGCCCUAGGAAUAUUUUAAAUAUAUAUAAAUAUAUAUCUCCACUCCCAUAUGCCCUUCCAUGGAUCUGGAGGGAAAUGAAAUCCCUGGAAUUUCUCAGUGCACUGGGAAGCCUGGGUGGGAUUUGGGGCUGGGAAUUUGGGAGCUUUGGGCUGCUUUUCCCUGGGAUACAACCCAAAAUGACGACCUGGCUUUAUUCUGGAUAGGGAACAGAGCCCUGCGUGUGGAUCAGCACUAAAUCCUCAUUUUUGAGCUGUCAGCCUCAAAAUCCUCGUGGCUGAGGUUCUUGGAGCUUGGUGAAAUCCCUGUUGGAUGUUUGGGGUGGUGGUGCUGGGAGUGACCAUUCCAGGUCCAUCCCAGAGGAAGGACGAGGAUGAGGAUCAGGAUGAGGAUGAGGAUGAGGAUGAGGAUCAGGAUCAGGAUCAGGAUCAGGAUCAGGAUCAGGAUCAGGAUGAGGAUGAGGAUGCUCCAAAGCAGGGAACACGCUCAGAAGGAGCCUGGUGCCAACCCAGAGCCACUUUGUGCUGCUCCAGACGGAGUUUGGACUCCUGGAUUUGAUGAUUUGGAGGAUUUCAGCUCUGUUGGGAUCACACAAGGGAGAGUGGCACAAACCAAGGUCACCAAGGCCACCCAAAAUCCCCGUAUUUUGGAAAAACCUGGAUUUAAUCUUUGGAGCUUGCUUUAAAAAAAACCAACCCUCCCAGCUUAAUCUUUUUAAUGCUGCUUUUCAGAGCUGCCUCCCUAAUCUUCUUCAUUCCAUUUUUUCCCUCUAUUUAAUAGUCUGAAGUUCCAUAAUACAAUUUUUUUACUCAUUCAAGCUUAACCUCGUCCCUCUCAGCUGGUGUUAGGUUGUAAUCCCGGCACUUAAAUCCGUCACAGCUUCGGGAGUGAGGAAAGCUGGAGGUGGGAGGGUGAGAGGAGCCUGGGCAGGACUUGGGCAGAAAUUAAAACAUGAGAUAAACACAAUAAAAAAAAAGGCGAAGGCAAUUAAACUGCUAAUCAGAAGUGAUCAAAUAAUUCAUCCUUUAUCUCCUGCUUCCACGCUUUUGCUCUCCCCCUGGAGAGGGAGGCGAGCUCCAGGAGAAACCUUUGGGUUUGGAGCCGACUUUUUGUGGUGUUAAUGAUGUCACAGCCUCUUGGGUCACCUCAGCUCCACGGGGGCUGCUGGAGUUGGAGUUUGAAGGGGAAAAAGAGAAGUCCUGUGCUGGAGGAUGUGAUCCUGUGCCUCCCUCCGAGGAGCUGGGAUGGAGCUGAACACGGGCAGGCUUUUUUGGGGAAGCCCGUAUCCCCAAAAAUUCCUGGAAAAUGCCAUUUCUCCAAAAAUUCCUGGAAAAUGCCAUUUCUCCAUGAGCAGAGCCGCAGGGAUGGAUGGAACCCUGGGGCUGGUGCCUGGCGCAGGCAGCUGCUCCCUCCUGCAGGAGGCUCCCCAGGGAUUCCCGGUGGGAAGAGGGGAGGAAGCUCCGCACAGGAGGAGCCAUCCCCCGGCUGCUGAUUUGGCUGCAGAGCAGAUUUUUGGGAAAAUGAACUCCAGAGUGAGAGGAGGCACCUUCCCUUCCCUUCCCUUCCCUUCCCUUCCCUUCCCUUCCCUUCCCUUCCCUUCCCUUCCCUUCCCUUCCCUUCCCUUCCCUUCCCUUCCCUUCCCUUCCCUUCCCUUCCCUUCCCUUCCCUUCCCUUCCCUUCCCUUCCCUUCCCUUCCCUUCCCUUCCCUUCCCUUCCCUUCCCUUCCCUUCCCUUCCCUUCCCUUCCCUUCCCUUCCCUUCCCUUCCCUUCCCUUCCCUUCCCUUCCCUUCCCUUCCCUUCCCCCAGCCUGGUUUUGUCCCCUCUGCCCAAAUUCCGAUUCCUCGUGGUGAUCCCAGCCAGGAGCAGCUGGAGCAGUGCCCAGAUGUGCUGGUCCUUCCAGCUGUGCUCCCCCAGGGAUUUUCCUCGGCUUUUCCGUUUCUUUUCCUCGCGUUCCUGCGUGUGCCGGGCGCUGGAGCCGCAGGGACACUCCCGGCUGUUCCAGCUGGGAAAUCUGAGGAGUUUCUGGAGUUGUAGGGUGGUGUGGGCUGCUCUGCCAGCUGUGCCAGCCCUGCGGCUCUCCCUGCUGGAACUGCAGCUGGAGAAUAUCCAGCAGGAGAAUAUCCAGGGACUUGUGGGCCACAUCCAGCAGGAGAAGGCAGGAGGAGAGGAUCAAAGGGAAGGGAAGAGCCGAGAGCCCCAGCCAGGGCUGGAAUGGGGAAUCUGGGAAGGGCAGGGGAUGGAUGGGGAGGGCAGGACCCAGCCCUGGGUGGGUUUUGCAGGGCUGGGAGUUGUCCCUUUGCUCCAAAAAUCUCUCUGAUCUUGGAUAUUUCCAUAAAAAGCACCAGGUCCCUGUGUAGGGUGGAGCUGUCCCUUUGCUCCAAAGGUGUCCCUGGUUUCGGAUGAGCCGUGCUGGGGGGAUCCAGCCGCAGGGAAGGGGAUGGCUCGGGCUGGGUGACCGCCAGGAUGGGCUGGUUUGCCUCAAACUCCCUCCCCCAUUUCCCUGACAAUCCCUGCCUGGGAAUUCCUCUGCCCCAGCUCCAGAAUUCCGAGCUCUCCCUGCCAUCAGUCACCAGCUCCGAGGCUUCCACAGGAACGAUCCCACCAGCCGAGGACAGGGAUGGAGUUUUUAAUUCCCUUUUCCUCCCAUCACCACCCUUGUCACGGUUUUUCCCCGGCUCCGAGGUUUUCUGGCAGGCUCUGGGAUCUCAAUCCGGAGAGGUUUGGUGGGAAGGAGCUCCCCGGGAGCAGGGAUGGGGCUGGGUGUCCGUGUGUGUAUAUAAGUGUAUGUAAUUAAUGUAAUUAAUAGGUAGAGAUGUACAGGUGGGCACGGGGCCGGGGGCUCUGCUCCUGAGGAAAAGGAGGAGGAAAAA